GACAAUCUCAAAACACCAAAGUUGGAGACGUUCAAUGAAGAAGAUAGGUUCAAUUUCAGAUCUCAAGUCUCCCAUCGAGCUUUGAUGCUUUGCAAUUCUUCAUCCUUUCGUGGUUUACCUGUUCAACCUCCUCUCAACCAGGUCUCUGCUCAGGAAAACCAAUACGUUCCCUAUAAUUUUCAUCUCCGUGACGAUUUUCCUGUGGUGGAACCUCAUAGGAGAAAUCUCCGGCCAUCGUCGUCAUCAACCGGUUCCUGGACUAUGGAGGGAGUCAUGAAGAACAUGAAUCUCCCAAACCCUGCCUCCUUCGCUGCACGUCAGCCUCAAAAAGCUGAAGUGGUACGGCCGUUGAUGCCUCAAAACAUGCUGGCUCGUAUGCGACGCAAGAAGAUAAGCGAAAAAACUCAGUGUCUGCAGAAGCUUUUGCCGUGGGAAAAGAAGAUGGACAUUGCUACAAUGUUGGGAGAGGCGUACAAAUACAUCAAGUUCCUCAAGGCGCAACUUAGCAUGCUGGAGUCGAUGCCAUGUGAGUCGAGUUUAACCUUUCAGACGCCUGCAAAUGUCGGUGAAUUUGCUGGGUUGGACAGGCUGAACCGACAGCAACUGCUACAGGUGCUGGUGAACUCCCCAGUGGCUCAGACCUUGCUGUAUUCCAAAGGAUUUUGUGUUGUCUCGUUUGAGCAACUGCUUUUACUGAAGCAGAUCGCUGAUCAGACUAGGGUUCUUCCACAACAGGCAUUGUUUUUAGGCCAUUAAAGAGAUCAAUCCCCGGUACUUUAAUGCCAUAGUUUUCUUAGUCUCUUUUCUCCUCUUA